GACAACCAAAUCGCCGACGGCUUUAAUGCCAACAGUGAUUUCCUGGUCUCUGAUGAUCAGAGGCAGUCCGAGAACCAAGUGCAAAACACCCUCUCGUCCGCGCAGCAUUCGCAUAACGUCGAAAAUGAUGACAACAAUGUCUUCCACAACAUCGCAGACGUCGGCGAGCAAUUAACCAACGUCCAAGGCCCUGAUAUUGAGGAAAACCCCGACGCCGUUGGUGUUCAUCCCAAUCUUCUCCGAGACAUUCUCGCCGUGGACACGAUGUCACGGGCAGAGCUCGUCGCGGCUCUGGAAGUUCUGUCCGCCACCAACCUUCCUGCGGAAGCGGUCUGUAUCGACGUGGAGAUCGUCGAAGCCGUCAUCACCGCGACCGUUACCUUUCUGCACCAUAACCACACCCAAUGCAUUCAUAACGACAAAGCGACGGGCGAACGCUGCACUGCUCACGCAUAG